AUGCGCCCCUCGACAUCAAUCCUCCCCCUUCUCACAAGGGCAUCCGGUUCCGGCCAUGCCGUCCGACCCCUCCCCCUGCUGCGUACCCUCCACUCCUCAGCCCCACCGCUCGCCCCUAAAAAUAAGGGCAAGUUCAUCACAGACCGUCCCGUCAAGGUCGACCGCACUCCCACUUUCCCCGCCCCCGCCAACCCGUUUGCGCCCGCACACAAGGGCACACAGUACCCGCCAGUCGUGCUGAGGGUCUUGAGGCAUGUGAAUUUGCUGCUGGGGUAUAAUGGGCGGAAGAGGACGACGGCGAGAGAAACUGGAAGAAUGAUGGCGGGCAUCGUAGAGGCUGUAAAGAGGGACAAGCCAUUCUGGUAUGACGAGUGUGACCUGCCGAAAACCUUCCACACAUUCUUCUCCAUUCACGUCGUCUACAUCGUCAUCACUCUGAUACGUCUCCGUGCUCUUUCCAACGACAUUCCGAACCCGCUUUCCCCCAUUCCUCAACCCCGUCUGCCAGGCCAGCCCGGCACCACACCCCCUCCUAAAUCUCCUUCGCUCCUUGACCGGUACCAAGCCGCCACUACCGGCAACUACGAGUACAAGUAUCGAGAAGUGCUUCUCACACACUUUUUCAACAUCGUUGAGAAUGAGAUCCGAUUGAUGUUGGGUGCCGAGAUCACGAGGGACAGUGCGAUCAAGACGAGGAUGCAGGAGUAUGCGAACUGGUGGAGAGAGUCGCAACUCACGAUCGACUAUAUCGUUGGCCUGACGGUCUCUGAGAGUGCGGACGAGAGGGCUAUUGCCGAUGCCGAGUUGGCUUCUUGGGCGUGGAGGUUCAUUUUUGGUCGGCGAGGUGAGGGCGCGAAUGGCGAGGGAGAGCUUGUCUAUCCUGAAGGAGAAGCGAUGAAGGAAGGCAAGGAGCUCGAGAUGGCUGAGCAGAUCGAAACGAUUGUAAAGUUUAUUCGAAGGGAGCUGGCGAGGUUGGACAAGAUCAGCGAUAGAGAUGUCAUUGCGGGCAAUGUCGGGUUCUUUGGUCCUAUUAGAGAGUAA